AUGCCUGAGCUUGACACGGUAUCUUCCACAAUGAUGCUCUCCGCGCUGUCGAAGCGGGGAAAGCUCGCACAGGCAAAACGAAUCUUUGACGAGAUGCUCGAGAGGGAUGUGUUCUCGUGGAACGCGCUGCUGGCAGGAUAUUCCCAAAACGGCCAACUGGAUGCCGCGUGGAGCCUCUUCAAAUCCAUGCCGGCCAGGAAUCGAAACCAGAUCACCUGGGAUACUUGCCUGACGGCUCUACUCGAGGGAGGGCGUUUCGAGGAAGGUAGCGCCGUCUUCCGGCAAAUGCCCGCCCGGAGCAUCGUGUCGUGGACGGCGAUGCUGGGCGCGCUUGCGGAGGCGGGCAGAACCGACCAGGCAAAAGAGAUAUUCGACAGCAUCCCGGAGAGGGAUCUUGUGUGCUGGACGUGCAUGCUGACGGCAUAUGCCCAUUUCGGGGAUAUUGUGGCAGCUCGCCGCAUGUUUGAUUCCAUGCCCGAGCAGGACAUGAUCGCCAAGAACGCCAUGCUGGCGGCAUAUGCCGGCAGUUCUCAGCUAGAUCAGGCCAAGGGGGUGUUUGACGGUAUGUCCGAAAGGAAUCUAAUCUCUUGGAACUCCCUGCUCAUGGCAUAUGCCGAGAACAAGGAGUUUGCCUUGGCAAAGAGCCUCUUUGACAAAAUGCCCGAGAGAGAUGUGCUGUCGUGGAACUCCAUGCAAGCAGCGUGCUUGCAAACCAAGCGCCAGGAUGAUGCCACGCGUCUCUUUUCGUCCAUGCCGGAGACGAACUUAGCGACGUGGACUGCCAUCCUGGCUGCAAAUGCCGGAUCCGGGCAUCUUGACAAGGCAAAACAUUUGUUUCAGAAUAUUCCCGAGAGGAGCGCCGCGAGCGCCACCUUUAUGAUCGACGCCUAUUCCGAGCGAGGCAACCUGGAAGAGGCCAAGAAAAUAUUCGAUGAGAUGCCCGAGAAAGAUGCCAUCGCAUGGACCUCCAUGCUGGUGGCAUAUGCCCGGAGCGGGCAUAUUGACGAGGUAAAGAGCGCGUUCAAUGGAAUGCCCGAGCAAGACACGGUCGCCUCGACGGCGAUGCUCUUCGCGUAUGCCCGGAACGGGUAUCUCCAGCAGGCCGAGGAAUUCUUCGCCGCCAUGCCCGAGAAGGACAUCGUCUCCUGGAACUCGAUGCUCGUUGCCUACAGCCACAGCCAAAGCCUCUCCAGAGCAAAGGCCUUCCUGCUCGCAAUGCCAGACCGCGACACCAUCUCCUGGAACUCCAUCCUUGCGGCGAAUUCUCACAAGGUUGGCGAAGGUAGCUUCGAGCAAACGAUGGAGCUGUUUUGCAGCAUGUCCAUGGAUGCCGUCCCAGCCGACGACGCCACUUUCAUCUGUGUUCUUCUCGGCUCCAGCCAUGGAGGCCGCCUCUACGACGCGCGCCAGUGCUUCGUGUCCAUGGGCUUCGACUUUGGAGUGCCAGCCACCAAGCAGCACUACUGCUGCAUGGUGGAUCUCGUGGGUCGGGCCGGAUACUUGAGAGACGCGGAGGAGCUCGUCGAGACGAUGCCGUUUGUUCCAGAUCUCGUGGAGUGGACGUGCUUUCUGGGAGCUUGCAAGACCCAAAAGCAUCGAGGGAGCGGUGCUACGAGAAAGCUCGACCUGCACAAGCCGCAAACUUAUGUUAUGGCUUCCAACCUUUGUAGUCAAGAAAUCGUUUAG